AUUUUGCAGAGACAGUGAAAUUAAUUUAGAGAGAUAAAAAAGAAGAAAGAAGCCAUGUUUUGAGGAAGGAGACAUGCAUCAUCUCAAAUAGAAUAGAUGGAUCUUUUUUAAUUCUCUCUCUCUCUCUCUCUCACACCAAAAUCCAUAAGAUAGAUUCUCUCUAAUUUUUUGGGUAAGUUUGGUCGCUCUCUCUAUUUGACUCUACUUGUUGUACUCUGCUUUGCUUUGAGAGGGUUCUAAAACAAAUAAAAAUCCCAUUUUUGGGUUGAUUGGUGACUGAGUAAAAAAAAACAUCUCUUUGUCUCUUGAUGGAUCUACUGUGGUCUGGAGAUUAGCUUAUUGAACUGUAGUAGUCUCUCAGACAAUGCAAGAGUUUCGUUCAUUCCCUUGUCCUGCUACUUCUUGGGAUAACUCUGUCUUCACUAACUCAAAACUCCAAGGAUCUUCUUCCGUGACUGACAACAGCUCUUUAAGCUUGACGAUGGAUAUGAUGUCUACCCAUUUCCCACGGAUGAAACAAACUGGUUUUCAGUUACAGGACCAUGAUUCUUCCUCUACUCAGUCCACUGGAGGAGAGUCAUAUAGUGAAGUUGCAAGUUUAAGCGAACCUAAUACUCGUUAUGGCCGCCACAACAUUGUUACCCAUCUCUCUGGUUACAAAGAAAACCCGGAGAAUCGUAUUACAAGUCAUUCCAAGUCAAUCUUGUCGAAGGUUUCACAACAUUCAGUGGUUCUUCCUAUUGAGGCGGCUUCUUGGCCUUUACACAGCACUGAAACGCCACAUUUCAAUGAUUUCUUGUCUUUUCCGUAUGCAUCACAGCACACGAUGCAGUAUCCUCAAAUUGGAGGGUUGGUUCCUUCUAGAAUGCUUUUGCCUCACAACAUUCCAGAGAACGAACCAAUUUACGUCAAUGCCAAACAGUACCAAGCAAUUUUACGUCGUAGACAACACCGUGCAAAGCUCGAAGCUCAGAACAAGCUCAUCAAAGUCCGGAAACCAUACCUUCACGAGUCACGCCACCGUCAUGCAUUAAAGAGAGCAAGAGGCUCUGGUGGGCGUUUCCUUAACACAAAGAAGCUUCAAGAAUCAAAAUCUCCUCCAUUCUCGGGCUCACCGCAUGUCUUCAAGAACUCUACGGGAAAGUUCUGGCAACAGGACAUUGCAAGGGGUGGGGUCGGGUCUAGUGGCUCGGCAACAUCUUGCUCGGACAUAACUGGGAACAACAACGACAUGUUCCAACAAAUCGGGCUCUCAGGUUAUCCAUCAAACCACCAUGUCUCAGUUCUCAUGUGAGACUCUUACUCUGGCAAGUGGUUGAUGAGAAUCAUGACGGGAAGUCAUCCUUGGCUAUGUAUUGAUCCAUAAAGUUUCUGUUUUUCAAGUUUGCUUUCAUUCUACUGCAAAAGAAGUUGAAAUCUUUCAACAGUUUUCGUUCCUUUUCUUGUAUUUCAUUUUUCUACUGUGCUUGUUGCUGAAUUGUUUAUACUUUGAUUUAAACUUCGAUUAAGUGUGCACCCACAUGGAUUUGUGAUUUUAUGUAAUGUAUAAAUUAUUUGUUUUUACA